CCUUGGCUCACGUAAGUAUUUCGUCACAUGUAACAAUCCCUCUCCUCCAUAUUAUUCCGCUUAGUAGGAGGUUUCCGUUGCUUGAAAGCUUUUCUUGAUAUCGAGUUCCCCCUUUCGGUUAUAAACACGAACAGCAAUGUUCCGCCGAGAGGUUCACCGGGGGACACGCACACCGUCUGCCCUACAUAAAAUGCACCCAUUGUAGGCCGAAGUGUCAGCUGAGGACGACUAGCAACCUAGAAACAGCAGUUUAGCCCCUCCUUCCCUUUGUCAGUCGUAUUGUAAACGUUAGCCCGAGGUCUUCUGAGGUAGUUUCUUAUCCAAAAAUAGAUCGUAAAAUUGGCAUCAACUGCAAAAGUAAUAUUUCGACCGUACGAACACAGUUUUUUUGCUUUUUUAAUAACCCUUUUCUAGACUCCUCACGAAUCAAAGGCGAUGUCCCGGGGAACUGUGCCCAAUGACAUCAUGCAAGCCUUUUGUUUACAGUUGCUAGGGGUUACAGGGUGACAUUUCCAACCGUCCUGCUCGAGAUACGCGGUCUCAUUUCUCUAUUUGCAUAAAACGGACUAAAGACAAAAAGUUGUAUUUUUGUUCUAAACUGAGGUAAUGCAUCUGAUAUCCUUUCUUAAAGAGCGAACGCUAACUAUUUGAGUUAUAAUGCUACUCGGAAGUACUCUUCGCAACUUACUUUUUGUAUAUAUAUCGUUUUUAGUUGACUACAUUAGCAUAGACUUUGUGGGAUGGCAGAUUCUGUUCUAUCAGAAAAACUGCUUAUCACCGAGAGUGCGGAGAGCAUUCGUGGCUCCUCGUCAGUGUUCACGGACCCUUACGAACGCUCUGUUAACUAUAUGGAGACUCAUAAUAUUCUUCAGAUUUUUCAGGACAUCACAGAGAAACUGGUUUUUGAUAGACCAGAUGAUCCACUUCAGUUCAUGUUAGAACAGGUGCAAAUGAAGAUCAAAAUCCGUGAUGAAUCAAGCAAUACAUUUGUCAAAUCAUAAUGAAUUCAAAAGCAAAGUAACUAUGGCUUUGCAAGGAAUUUAAUGCAUGUUUAUACUUUUAUUUAUUUAUUUCUUUAAGUGAGGUGUGUUGGUUGCUGCAGGUCAUUCAGUGACUCUGCAUUGUUGUUGUUUCCAAGCAACUGUCUUACAAAUUUAUCAAGUUUGUGAGUGACCUACAUUUUUAAAUAUCUCAAUAUA